CUUCCUGACUCUGAAGAUGUGAUGGGAGCAGCAGCAGCAGCAGCAGCAGCAGCAGCAGCAGGAUGGGAAACAAACAGACCACGUUCACAGAUGAGCAGCUGGAAGCCUUUCAGGACUGUACGUUCUUCACACGCAAGGAAAUCCUCCGGUUACAUGGCAGAUACCGUGAACUGGCUCCACACUUGGUGCCUCUGGACUUCACCAACAGUCCGGACAUCCAAGUCCCUCUGACACUCAUCGUCACCAUGCCAGAGCUGAAGGAGAACCCAUUCAGAGACAGGAUCGUGGAGACGUUCUCUGAAGACGGACAGGGGAACCAGAGCUUCAACGACUUUGUGGACAUGUUUUCAGCUCUCUGUGAAACGUCACCCAGAGAGCUGAAGACCAUCUACGCCUUCAAGAUCUAUGACUUUAACAGGGACAGCUUCAUCUGUAAGGAGGACCUGGAGAAGACACUCAACAAACUAACCAAAGGAGAGCUGACGCCGCAGGAGGUGACCCUGGUCUGUGACAAAGCCAUGGAGGAGGCCGACCUGGACGGAGACAGAAAACUGUCCUUCGCCGACUUCGAGAACAUGAUCUCCAAGGCUCCAGACUUUCUCAGUAACUUCCACAUACGGAUAUGAAAGGACAUGAAAGGACUGGACUGGUGUCCUCACACCAGAGGACAUCUGACUCUGAGGACAUAGGCUCUGCCCCUCUGCCUAUCCUCUCUCCUGUGGACAGUUUUCUUUUUUGUCUCCUGAAGCACGGACAGAUUUUGGUGGACGAGGCACCUGGACACACGAGGACGCUGAGACACACAAGGAUGCCGUGACACACAAGGACACGAGACACACGAGGAAGCCGUGACACACAAGAACACAAUGACACACGAGGACGCUGAGACGCACAAGGACGCCGAGAAACACAAGGACGCUGAGACACCAGGACGCUGAGACACAUGAGGACACUUUUGUGACUCAGCACAUUUUAUAGGGAAAACAGUAAAGUGCUAUGCAACGUGUGUCGAUGAUGUGCAUGUUCACAGCUGUCGACCUCACGUCCUGUACGUGUGUAGUAAAAUGUUGUGAUGCACAAUGACAAUCAUACUCACCUGUAGCUGAUUCAAGGGCUCUGUCAUCUCACCUGUAAACACCUAACAUCUCAUCUGUAAACACCUAACAUCUCACCUGUAAACAUCUCACCUGUAAACAUCUCACCUGUAAACACCUCACCUGUAAACACCUAACAUCUC